AUGGGUUCUAUCAAUACUGAAGCAAACUAUUCCAUACCGGAGAGGUACCGGAAUUUGCUGGAAGUGGUCGAUGUUGUAGACAGCAGAUCAGAGGGCGAGAUUUUGAAGCAACUGAGCCAGCAUGUCCCCGUCACGUCUGAGAAAAACAUGUGGGCAUUUUGGGAUACGGGUCUUAUGAAUACGCCGUUGUGGGCCCGGCGUAACGUGGUGGACUGGGUUCGGAUCUGCGGACCGGAGUGGACCAUACGUGUGCUCGACAACGUACCGGAGUCGCCGAACUACGUCCUCAAGUAUCUAUCGGCCGACCUGUUUCCCAAGGCUUUUGUAGAUCGUACGAUGGAUGGCCCGUGGGCCGGGCAACAUAGUGCGGACUUCAUCCGCGGUGCGGCACUGUACACAUACGGAGGGGUGUGCAUGGACGUUGGCAGCAUCCUAGUCCGUCACAUCGAUCGCAUCUGCUGGGACGAACUCACCAAUCCCAACACACCGUACCAGAUUUCUCUUCCGCUGAUUUACGACCAGGUCUGGGCGAACCACUUCAUUGCGGCGCGGAAGGGCGACCCCUUCAUCAAGCUCUGGCAUGAUCUCAUCAUCCAUAUCUGGACCGGGCGAAAGGAGUCUUCCGGCAUGUUGAGCCAUCCACUUCUCGAAUUCGCUAAAGACGAGACGUUUGAGGUGGUCGAUAACGCCAACCUUACCUGGGAUUGGAAGGUGUCGCCCCAGACAGCAAUGGAGUACAUCUGGCAGGUCUUGGCCUGGGUCCGCCUAUGCCUUACGAACGAUGCCGGAGAUGGCUUCUCGGGUGUCGACUAUUGGUGUGACAAAGUACUUGUAUUUGAUACUGUCUGCGAAGACUGGCCCGGCGAGAUGAUCUUGGGCUUUGCUGGUAGUGGCCAGAAGCUACUUGAUUUGCUCUCACUGCCCGUGGAUGGAGACAAAAAGUACAAGGAGUCAGAGCAGUACAAACUGGCCGAAGAGGUGGUUUGGACUAUUCUGACUAGCGCUAGCCUGCAAAAGGUUACUCGCGCGAAGGGCCUGACGCACUCACCACAUUUGGGUACUCUCUGGGAUAUGCCCGAGAACACUGGCAAAGACAAAGCCCCCGGUACCUUUGCCGAGCUCCUCCGUUAUGGGAGUCUUCAUUUCCGCCAGACAAGAGAAAGUAUUGCUACGCUUGAGCCGCCUAGACCCUCUGAAGCGGAUAUGAUCAACAAAGGCCUGUUUGAGGUGUAG